UCUACAGGGACGUCAUGCAGGAGAACUACGAGACGGUGUCCUCGCUGGGAUUCCCCCUAACCAAACCUGAACUGAUUGUCCGGCUGGAACGAGGGGAAGAGCCUUGGUUGCCUGAUCUCCAGGCCUGCGAGGAAAGAAGGCUUCCGAGAUGCAUCCAUAGAGGUGCUGAGCGAGGGAGUGAGAAUGAGGAGGGGAAUCAUCAUGAGGAAGUUCCCGGGGAAGUGGAACCGCAGGGGACGUUUGUGGGAAGAGCUGAAGGGAAUUUUUCCCAGUGCUUCGAACCCAAAGAAGCCUGUGGAAAUUGGCACAGGUCAGAGAGGCUGCUAGGAAACCACUCAGGGAAGAAAGUGGAUGAAUCUAUUAACAGUGGGGGAGAAGAGGAGGAUGCCAAGGAAGAGACACCCUGGCACUACCUUCAGUGUUCAAAAGGGUUCAUUGUGAGAUCACAGCUUGUGACUCAUCAGACAAUCCUUACUGGAGAGAAACCCCUUCAAUGCUUGGACCGUGGGGAAAGCUUCAAUAAGCUCUCAGAUCUUAAUAACCAUGGGAGAGGCCACACUGGAGAAAAACCCUCUCAAUCCCUCGAGUACGGGAAAUGUUGCAUUUCGAAGACACAAAUAAUUAGACAUCAGUUAAGCCACAGUGGGGAGAGACCCCACAAGUGCUUGGACUGUGGGAAAAGUUUCCUAAGAAGGUCACACCUUGUUAAGCAUCAGGCAGUCCACACAGGAGACAGACCCCACAAGUGCUUGGACUGUGGGAAAUGUUUCACAGAGAGUUCAAACCUUGUUAAGCAUCAGGCAAUCCACACAGGAGAGAGACCCCACAAUUGCUUGGACUGUGGGAAAAGUUUCAUACGAAGGUCACAUCUUAUUCAACAUCAGGCAAUACACACAGGAGAGAGACCCCACAAGUGCUUGGACUGUGGGAAAAGUUUCAUACGAAGGUCACACCUAGUUCGUCAUCAGGCAUUACACACGGGAGAGAGACCCUACAAGUGCUUGGACUGUGGGAAAAGUUUCUUACAAAGCUCCAACCUUGUUAAGCAUCAGGCAAUCCACACAGGAGAGAGACUCCACAAGUGCUUGGACUGUGGGAAAAGUUUCUUACAAAGGUCAAGCUUUGUUAAGCAUCAGGCAAUCCACACACGAGAGAGACCCCACAAGUGCUUGGACUGUGGGAAAAGUUUCAUAAGAAGAUCACACUUAGUUUGUCAUCAGGCAUUACACACAGGAGCGAGACCGCACAAGUGCUUGGAGUGUGGGAAAAGUUUCAUAAGAAGGUCACACUUAGUUCGUCAUCAGGCAUUACACACAGGAGCGAGACCGCACAAGUGCUUGGACUGUGGGAAAAGUUUCAUACGAAGGUCAAGCUUUGUUUAUCAUCAGACAAUUCACACGUGAGGGAGACCCCACAAGUGCUUGGACUGUGGGAAAAGUUUCCUAAGAAGGUCACACCUUGUUAAACAUCAGGCAAUACACACAGGAGAGAGACCCCACAAGUGCUUGGAGUGUGGGAAAAGUUUCAUACGAAGGUCACAUCUUAUUCAACAUCAAGCAAUCCACACAGGAGAGAACCCCCACAAGUGCUUGGACUGUGGGAAAUGUUUCACAGAGAGGUCAAACCUUGUUAAGCAUCAGGCACUCCACACAGGAGAGAGACCCCACAAUUGCUUGGACUGUGGGAAAAGUUUCUUAAGAAGGUCACACCUUGUUAAGCAUCAGGCAGUCCACACAGGAGACAGACCCCACAAGUGCUUGCAGUGUGGGAAAUGUUUCACAGAGAGUUCAAACCUUGUUAAGCAUCAGGCAAUCCACACAGGAGAGAGACCCCACAAUUGCUUGGACUGUGGGAAAAGUUUCAUACAAAGGUCACAUCUUAUUCAACAUCAGGCAAUCCACACAGGAGAGAGACCCCACAAGUGCUUGCAGUGUGGGAAAAGUUUCAAAAGACAGUCAAACCUUGUUGAACAUCAGGCAAUCCACACAGGAGAGAGACCCCACAAAUGCUUGGACUGUGGGAAAGGUUACAUACAAAGGUCAGAGCUUGUUCAACAUCAGGCAAUCCACACAAGAGAGAUUCCAGAGGUGCUUGGACUGCGGGAAAAGUUUCAUAUAGGGGUCUGACCUCAUUAAACAUGGAAAGAUCCACACAGGAUUUAAACUUCUCUGGCACAUGUCAACAAAAGAUUAAGCAACUUGAAUGUAAUUCACUCAGAUUCAGCUUUUAGAGAGAGAUUUUAAAAGUAUGUCCACCUUAGUAAGCUAGAGUUUAACAUGUAAAUAUGUUUUUUGAAAGACUUGAAAGAAGAGGGCAAGUCAUGGCUGAGUAACUAAUUGCCUUCUAUGAGGAGAUAAGUGGCUCUGUGGAUGAGGGAAAAGCAGUGGAUGUGUUAUUCCUUGACUUUUGAGCUGUAAGUAGGGGCAUUGCCAGGAGA